CAGCGCUCCAGGACCAGUCCCGCUCUGGCCGGUGUUCACCCCCCCCUCUGUCUGCCCCUAAAGCCGAGGUGCUGGCCAGGCUGGGGGGAGGGAUGUUAGAAACGGGCUUUAACGGCCGUGGUGCCCCAUGGCAGGCUGGCCUGACCCAUGGCUUGUGCCCCACGCUGUGUCCCAGCCCGGGCAAACAGGGCUGUCCCUGGCCACCAGCUGGGCCUCGCUCACUGCGCUCUCUGCCACCCGGUCCCUUAAAACAAACGCAUGACGUGAGAGCGUGGGUGGACACGGGGACACAGGGGUUCCCCACCGCUUCUGCAGGUCACAGCCUCCUCCUUAAUCCCAUUCCCAGCUUUCCCUGUCUCCUGCGAUGACCCCCAGCCACCCCUGUGCACACCCAGCUCCCCCCAAACGCUGGGAUCAGUGUCAGCUGCACGAGAAUAACAACGAUAAAGACAUAUUGAGCCUCCGUUAAAGCAAAGACCCCCCCUUGCACCCCCAGACACGGCUCUGGUGCCCGUCGUGCCUGCACCAGGGUGCACAUCGUUGCAGAUGCUCCGCUGUGUUCGUCCCAAGCAACUUUCACUGAAUUUCACUGAAUUUUGGAGUUCGAAGGGAGCAGUCCAACUCCCCUGCUCAGCCCCACAAUCCCGUGUGUAUCAUCUAUACAUAUAUUUUAAUCUUCCAAGGUCGUGCACCCUGUAAAUCAGUGUGAACUCAAACUGGGCUGACUAGAAAUUGCUCGCGAGGCAGCGAUGGCCCAGGUUCCCCCGAAAACACGCAGGCGGUUGCCCAAGGGCCUCCAAGCAGAAGGUGUCUGACCCCAGAAACCGAAACUGAAACGACUUGUCCUGUUCCUUCUGUCCCAGAGCGGCACCGAACCCUUCCUCACCUCAGAGCCACCAAGCCAAAGGAAUUAGCACCAUCUUUAAUAACUUUGCUGUCAGCCGGUCGAGCUUAAAGGCAUUUCCCCUGGGGGAGCUCCCCCGGGUGAUGGGGCGCAGCGGGGACCUGCCUGAUCUCCCGCCUGCCUUCUCCUUGGGAGCCAUGGAAAAAAAUUUAAAAGGAGCAGCGAUUGGAGCCGCUGUGGGAGCAGGAGUGGCACUCGUUGGAAUCCCGGUGGCCAUCGGUGCAUUGGGCUUCACAGCCACCGGCAUCACCCCUGGGUCGGUGGCUGCCAAGAUGAUGUCGGCAUCUGCCAUCGCCAAUGGUGGAGGAGUGGCCAAGGGCAGCACCGUGGCCGUGCUGCAGUCCAUCGGAGCUGCAGGUCUCUCUCCUGCUACCAAAAUCGGGCUGACAACUGCGCUGGGGUCACUUGGUGCAGCGGUCGGUGCCAUGCUGUCAAGGUCAGAUGACUCAUCUGACAGUAGCGACGAUGAUGAUCCUAAGGGAGGCCAAAGCUCGGGCCAGCCCCGGGCCAGACCGGGUGGGAAGGGGCAGCCCCGGUUCCAGCGACGAUCCCGGGAGCAGCGGGCAGCAGGAUGGAUGGGCAGGAAUGGCAGGAGUGUGGGGUGCACCCCAGGGGUCUCCCCUUCACUCAACUUCUCCCAGCCUGGCCAGCAGGGUGACUCCCCUCGCCUGCCAUCUCCCAGGGGGGCUGGGGCGGUGUGUUUGGCUGCAAAUGGGGAGAUCUACUACCCUGCCGAGCACCGGGAAAGCCCCUCCUGCCGGUGCCCUGCCUGCACUCCUGCCCGCAUUCUUUAUUCCAAGGAAUGAAAAAUAAAUGCAAAGUGAUUCGA